UCGUGAAAGCCCACUAUAAUUUACCCUUAAAAAAUUGAAGGUAUGGGGGAUAAUAAAGAUUAAGAUUGCAUGUUUGACACAUGGUUUGAGCUUUGCACAUGGAUCACUUAUUUCCCAGGAGUUUUGAGAGUUUGGUGCAGACGAGCCGACAGCCAUCAGCUAUGCCUUGCCUUCCCAAGAAUGAACGGUGCAAUCAAGGCACAAAUGAAGCUCUCUCGGAAGACUUUCAAAGCAAACCACACUACCAUCACAAGCCAAACACACAAAGACAAAAAUCCCCCCUGCACUGCACACACUCUGAGCAGAGGCCACUAACAAAGCUAGCCCAACAACACUGCAAUUAACCACGACCACGACUAGCUGGAAUGCACACAGCAUACAUCAAAGGCUACUUAAUUACUGUCGACUUGUCUGGACCAAAUUCUCCAUUAUUAAUAAAACCUUGCUUAUACCUAUUACUCCCACAAACACGACCACGCCCAGUAUAUACUCAUACCAGACCAGCCCACGAUUUAGCAUGAGCUAGAGCUAGAGCUGGGAGUAUGUCUGUCCGUGUCUGUGUCUGUGUCUGUGCCUGUGCCUCCCCUCAUCCAAAUACAUGCUGCCGAUUAAGACAGCACAAGCCCCGACAACUCCACCCAACUUGAGUUCGCCACUUGUUGCUAAAAGUUUCACUUCCAACACUCUCACCCCCCAUUUCCCAACUCCAACUUUCAACCUUUCAACAGUUCUUUACUUUUUCCAACUCCCAGUCCAGUCCUCCUUCAUCACCAAAUCUCUGAACAAGACCGAUCAAAUAUUUCUAGAUGCAUAGCAUACUUUCCCAAGUUUUGAGUUACUUACAUUGACCCACUCUCCUCCACCUCCCACCUCUCUUCUCAAGUUGCUUAUAUCGACCGACCCACUCCCCCCACCUCUCAUCUCCCCUUCCUUCGGCCAAGCACAAAAACAAUCAAAAAGCAAGUGAAAAUGGAACUCACAUGGAGUAUGUUUACCUCCUACAUUCCCUACUUCGUCUCUGUAUUAGCUCUUGUUCUCCUCCUUGAGCAGAUCUCCUACCUCAAGAAGAAACGAUUCUUGCCAGGCCCAACUCUUGUUUUCCCCUUCAUUGGCAACGUCAUCUCCUUGGUCACAAAUCCGACCAGUUUCUGGGACCUCCAAUCCUCCUACGCCAAGUCCACCCCUUUAGGUAUCUCCGCCAACUACAUUAUCGGACGCUACAUCCUCUACAUUUACUCCACCGAUCUCUCCCACAAAAUCUUCGCCAACGUCCGCCCCGACGCCUUCCACCUCGUCGGUCACCCCUUCGGCAAGAAGCUCUUUGGCGAGCACAACUUAAUCUACAUGUUUGGGCAGGAACAUAAAGACCUGCGUCGCCGGAUUGCCCCCAAUUUCACCCCCAAAGCACUCCAAACUUACACCAAUAUCCAACAGCGGAUUAUUCUCAAACACCUGGAGUCCUGGUGCAAUACCUCAAAAGGCAAGUCAAUCCCGCUUCGCAUCCUAUGCCGCAACAUGAAUUUGGAAACCUCACAAACGGUUUUCGUGGGCCCUUACUUAAACGAGGAGUCCCGUAAAAGGUUCAAUGAAGAUUACAAUUUCUUCAACGUCGGCUUGAUGAAGCUCCCCAUCGAUUUACCGGGGUUCGCCUUCAGAAACGCGAGGUUGGCUGUGCAGAGACUCGUUGACACGCUUGCCGGCUGUGCGGAGGAGAGCGAGAAGAGGAUGAAAUCCGGCGAAGAACCGACAUGCCUGAUUGACUUCUGGAUGCAAGAUAAUUUGAGGGAAUUAUCAGAAAAGCCGUAUGAAUAUAGCUACAAAGAAAUCGGCGGUCAUUUGUUUGACUUCUUGUUCGCCGCACAAGACGCCUCAACUUCUUCUUUACUGUGGGCGGUGGCUUAUUUGGAUUCUCAUCCACAUGUUCUUGACAAAGUCAGAAAAGAGGUGGCUAAGUACUGGGUGCCGGAAGACGGCUCCAUUAUCACCGGCGAGAAGCUGAGGGAGAUGAAGUACACAGAGGCGGUGGCGCGUGAGGUGGUGAGGAUCAGAGCUCCGGCGACAAUGGUUCCACACAUCGCCGGGGUGGAUUUUCCAUUGACAGAGAAUUACGUAAUUCCAAAGGGCACAAUCGUCUUUCCAUCUGUAUUUGACUCGUCUUUUCAGGGGUUCACGGAACCGGAGGCGUUCGACCCGGACCGGUUCACGGAGGAGAGGCAGGAGGACCGGGUCUACAAAAAGAACUUUCUAGCAUUUGGGGCUGGGGCCCACCAGUGCGUGGGGCAGAGGUACGCUAUUAAUCACCUGAUGUUGUUCAUCGCCAUGUUCGCCACGUUGGUCAAUUUCAAGAGGGACAGAAUGGACGGCUGUGAUGAAAUCUCUUACGUCCCCACGAUCGUUCCUAAGGACGACUGCAGGGUAUCUCUCUCACAGAGAUGCACCCAAUUCCCCUCUCUCGAAUGACGGGAAUACCCCUUUGUAUUUGAUUCUUUUGUUGGAUGUGGAUGUUGUUUGUUGGGGGUGUUAGUGUCAAUGACACAAAAAAAUAAGUGUACAAUAUCUCGAGAGAAAAAAAAAAAAAGAAAAAAGAAAAAGAGAGAGAGAGAGAAUUGAUUGGGUGGGAAAUUCUAAUCCGAAUUGAUUUGGUCAAAUCAGAAUCAAUUAUAUGAUAAAUAUAAUAAACUUGUCGUGUGAUUGGUUUGAAGUUUAAGAAAA